AUGGUUGUCGAUAAACAGUAUCAACACUUGAUCGCUUGGACAUAUACGGGUACUUCAUUCAUUGUCUGUAAUAUUACUGAAUUUUCAAGAGAAGUACUACCAAAACACUUUAAACAUAACAAUUUCAGUAGUUUUGUUCGGCAACUCAACAUAAAAGAGUAUGGGUUUCAUAAAGUAAAUAAAUCACCUAGAGGACAUCGCACAUUAGCCGAAAAUCAAAUUUGGGAGUUUUCUCAUGCGAAAUUUAUCAGAAAUAGACCAGACUUGUUAGAUGAAAUCAAACGAAAGGCAUUAGAAACGGAUUCUAAUAAAAAAGAUCCCGGUGAUAUAAACUCUCAUAUGGCAUUAAUGCAGAUGUCUCAGUCAGACAUGAUGCAACAAAUAUCCCAGUUACAAGAUGGGUUAAAUCAAGUUAUUCAUGAACUAGAAGAAACUAAAAAGAAGCAAAACUUACAGCAACAAGUUAUGAAGGAUAUCAUGGAUGUGAUGACAAGACAAUAUGGAACAACAUUUAAUCUAUCGUUGGAUGGAUCAUCGAUCGAACUAAAACAAGACCCCGAAAGACCACCUCCACCCAUUUAUAUAACAACACCUGAACAACAAGAUCAGAAUCUAUAUUUAAAUAUAAAUCAACAUAGAUUGUCUAUCCAAAGAUCACCCUCUCCAAGUCCAACCUUUACAUCUUCCAUACAGUCACCUUUACCUCCUAGUCCAUGUACACCCCAUUUCCUUAGUGAUGACGAAGCCAAUUCUAUCUAUUCUCCUCGAAGUCCAUUAUCUUAUAAUGCUCACUUGAUAGAACAAUCACAACAACAACAACAACAACAGCAGCAGCAGCAGCAACAACUACAUCAACAACAUCAACAACAAUUGCAACAAUUACAACAGUUACAUCACAGACAGGAAUUGGAACAGCUACAACAACAACAACCUUAUCAUACAUUUAAUACUUGA